GAAGAUUGUGCCGAUUCUCCUAGUGGAGAGGGACUUCCUUAUCGCAGGCACUCUCUGCACUCGCACCCAGUUUCCCCUGAUCGUUUGCUACGCAAUUACCGUGCACAAGUCGCAAAGCAUUACCGAAGACAUGAUCGUUACGGAUCUGUCCUGCCGUGACUUUCAGACCGGUUUGAGCUACGUCGCCGUGUCACGCGUGAAGACGCUGCAGGGUCUGAUGCUGGAUGCGCCGUUCGACCGCAAUCACCUGACUUACGCGUCUCCGCCCGAGGGCAUCAAGAUGAAGAUGAGAGAUCAGCAGAUCCGCAGACGACAGUUUAUUACUCAGAACCCCUACAAGUCAGACCACGGGCCAGCGCAACUCCAG